GGAUACUGAAGCCAAUCCUUGUCGAGUGAUUCACUAAAUGUCGACCGAUUACCGCGCCGUCCCAAUCCUCGCUGUCAAGUUUAGCCGCCACUCUCUCCACCCAAGUGUUCUACCCUCGCCAGGGUAGACGACGUCCGGGUCCCGCGGGCCGCGCGAGCGAGCGAGAACGAGCGUCGCUUGGGCAACAAAUUGCCGAAAGAAGAAAGUCAGCCUUUGGUUUAAUCUGCCGGCCAGACGAAAUAGCUCCCAGAGCAUGGCUGCGAAGCCGCAGGUUAAGAAGUGCUAUUUAUUUUCUCUGUCAGGGAGGCCGUGGUUCUAAGCAGACGGAAGCACGUGACAUCAAGCGGCAUUGUGGGAAUCAAGAAUUACACCCCAGACAUUUCCGGUUGGGCCUUGACCACUAUUCUACUUUCUUACCCUGGUCACUUCGCACAGCCAUGGCAACCGUUUGCUUGAGAAACAUCCUCCUGUUAACCUUGCUGGUGCAGCUGCAGACGGCGCGGACGCAGACGGUGUGUGACGUUUGCGAGCAACGACCGGCUGCGUGCCGGCGGAUCGCCGGGCUGUACACAGUGACCGUGCUGACCCAGGGCACCUACAACCCUGUGGUGGAGAUACCCGCGCAGGCCUGCAGCCUCAACAUCACGGAGUUGGCCCCCAGCCACAACUACCUGGCGGUGCGGACGGAGACUGGAGAAAACAUCGUUAACGGGUACUGGUCUGUGGGCUCUACGGGUAGUUUUCGGGGUGCUGGCACCCAGUUCGAGUACAACCGAGGAGCCGCUAGCUGCCCUGGGGAGUGCAUCCUCGCAAAAGGACCAAUCAAUCAAGCAGUCGUAGUGCAGCUUUUAUAUUACUCGAAAAAUCCAGGCAUUGCCUACGAGUUCGUGCUCCCGGGUGAUGUUCUGUUCAAGCCGUUCGACGAAACUGCUCCAAGCGUAGAGUCUAGAACCAGAACAUCACAUCACUACCACGGGCGACGACAACCGACGAACGCAUCGAGAGCAGAGCCUUACGACCCAGCCUAUGCCCGCAGGCAGGAGGAGACAGCUCCAGUUCAAGAGCCUCGACGGCAGCAACUCCUGUUCAAGAACCUAGACGGCAGGCAAGUCCAGGGCAAGAACCUCGCCGGCAGCAAGCGCCUGUUCGUCAAGGCCGUCCAGGUGAAAGGAGGAGAUACUGGUGUGGGCACAAAAGAUUCUACUGACUACAGGGGGGUCAGCUAUGGAUCACACACGCUGGGGGGUCGAGGUCAGAGCUACACUUUUCAGCACCAGGACAGCAGAAGCGCAGGUUCUGCAUCUGAGGACCCUGACGCUGGUCGGACGCAGCCGAGAGAAACCCUCCGAAGACGCCCGGUCGUCCGUGGACAGCCAACCCCCGUGCGACCUCUGCCCCCGCAAAGCUACCUGUCCUCUGAGGGUCUCGAAAGUCAAGGCAGCGCCAGGCGAGGCGGCCUGGCUGACAGAACCUAUUCUCAGUCCCUGGAGUCUGACAACCGCUUGCAGCCGUAUGAUAACGUGAAUGUGGAGCAGAUAGGCAGACCUACUCUUACCAUUGGAGGCGGUGGAGGAGGCCGUGAGUACAUGUGGACCAUCUCUGGCUUCACCCAGUGCUCCUUGACCUGCGGGGGAGGUUUCCAGGAGACAAGGGUGGUGUGUGUGUUGACCAGCGCGGGUACGCAGGUGGUGGUGACAGAGGAGAACUGUGCCAAUGUUGUUAAGCCACGUGUUCAACGAGUCUCAUGCCACAAUGAACCUUGUGCCCCUGGGUGGGUGACAGAUGAGUGGUCAGAGUGCAGUGUCACCUGUGGGUCCGGCACACAAACACGGCGCAUCGAGUGUCGCCACCGCCUGUCCGAAAAUUCGGAACUUAGCGUCUCUGCAUCCCAGUGUGACCAGGCACAGAAACCUGCCAUAGCCCAGCAAUGCGAGACCAACCCUUGUGCCCAGUGGCAGACAGGCGACUGGGGAGUGUGUUCUACUGAGUGUGGAGGUGGCGAGAGGGUGCGGCAGGUGGAGUGUGUGGACCAGCAGGGAGUGCAGAUACCUGACAGCUAUUGUUCUUUGGACAAACCACAGGAGAAGGAAGAUUGCAAUACACAGCCGUGUAACACUCAAUGGUGGUUCACUGAUUGGUCGAAUGUGUGUUCUGCAGACUGCGGGCCAGGUCUGACUUCACGCAGCGUGGUGUGCCGAGACCGCAUGGGACGACAAGUGUCUGAAUUGUCAUGCGAGGAUUCCAAGCGACCUCAAGAUAGACAGGCAUGUGAGAGCAGUGCCCAAUGUGGUGGACAGUGGUUCACGGGGCCAUGGAGUGAGUGCUCUGAGAACUGUGGAGAAGGGGUUCGAACUCGGCAAGUGGUAUGCAUGCAGCGAGAAGCAGGUCGAGGGAGCCAGAGUGUGACACGGGAAGAGCAUUGUCAAGGGCUGGAAAAGCCACAGUCAGAGGAAGAGUGUCUAAAUAUCGCUUGCGGGGCUCAGUACUACAUGACAGACUGGAGUGAGUGCUCUGUGUCAUGUGGAAGUGGUGUCCGUACUCGUCAAGUACAAUGUCUGGAUGCAAACCAACAACGGUCUAAUGCCUGUGACCCCAACGAUGCACCACCUGACAGAGAGCGGUGUGAGUCCAUCUCUUGUCGGGAAGUCGAGGAGGUGCAUAAGCUUCAACAGACAAGUCGAUCUGAUGACAGGUGUAAAAAUACGUUCUGGAACUGUAGGCUUGUCGUGCAAGCUCGUCUGUGUUCCUACGCCUACUACAAUCAAGUCUGUUGUGCUGCCUGCCGUCGAAGCCACACACAUUAACAUCCUGGAAUUGACUUUAUAAAUUUCACCUUCUCCAUUUCACAAUGUGUUCUUUCUUGGCAACCAGAAAGGAUUUGGUGUAGAAGACAUUAGUGAAGCUAUUGAUAUAUGUAUGAAUAUUCUUAAAUGCGUUGGGGUUGAAACUGCCUGAAUCUGAUAUAGAUUUUCUGUAAUUCACGAUAUGCCCAGCAUUAGUUAAAUAUGGACAUGAUUUCAUAAUGGUAACAUUGCUACGGAGCAUUCACGAGAAAUAUGUCCUGGUUUUUAAGUACAUACACACACAAGAUCACUGUACUUCCAGGCCUCGUCUUUUUUUCAGAUUAGAAAUGUGAGUAGAUACAAUCCCGUUUUAUUUUAUAACGUACUUUGAAGGUUGCUUCCUAUCACGAAUAUAUGUGCGUGAGUGUGUGUUCAUGUAUAUCCUUGCAGACAUAUUUUCAUGGGGAUUUCAUGCAUGGUGCUAGCUGCACAUUUUUUUUUUCCUUGUUCAAGAAGUUCCUCUUUACACAAAGAUGAGUGUACCAUUGAAUAUAUGCAGUCAUAAUGAAGAAAUUUUCAUAAUGAGCAAGGGUGUGUGCCAAAUGGUUCCCUUCAUGUCUGCCUGACAUGUUCUAAGCUUUAAUCUCAUUCACAUUUUCCAUGCAUAUUCUGGUGCUAUUGUUUUUAUUAUAAUGUUGUUUUCUGGCCACUGAACAAGAUUAACCAUGUCUUAACAUAUUUUGUAUUAUUGUAAAAAAAAAAACAUUAAACUUUGGUUGUGCUGUUACAUUCACUUUAGCUUCUUUCUUAUUUCCAAGAAACUAGUCACUGAUAAAGGAUUAUCCAAGAAGCAGUAUUACCAUUGCAGAUCCCAUAUUCACUUCAAGGGUACAAAUACUGUCUACAGAAUAAAUCACAAUUUUCUUACCUUGGACCUGCAUUAACACUGGGUUAGGAAAGCCUGAAUCCCAGGUUUUUACAGAGGAAUCAGUAUUCCAUAAAUCCUUAAUUUUUUUUUUCCUUUAACCAAUGUCUACAAAAUUACAUUAGAAAAUGAUAUAUCUUGUUUUUUAAAGAAGUGAAAAAAUAACCAAAAUGCAAUACAGUGAGCAAGGGAACCCCAGAAAUCAGAAUAUUUUCCACUUCAUUCCCCUCAUUGCAGAAACAAGCAUUUAGAAAAUGAUCACAUAUGCUGUCCACAGUCUUUCAUUCCUAUCUAUAAACACAUAAUUAUGCCACUACUCUGUUUCACUCCCAAUGAUGUAACUUGCAUACUUGUUGGCUUCUAACAGACAUGUAACAAAAUUGUCCAAAAUGUGUUCUUUCACUAGCAGAAAUUAUUCUUUUCUGGCAUGAAGACUUCGCAAGUCAACAGUUUCAGCACGAGAGAAACUUGAUGCAUGGAAUACGAUAAUUUGCUUCACUAUGUGUGGAUUGAAUGAAUCUAGAGUCAUGUUUUGCUCAUGGAAAGUAAGCUCAGCUAUCUUUUCUCUGUAUUUAUAACACACUUCAACAGAAUAUAUCCUGUGAUGAGGGUUGUCAAAAAAGGAAAUACUGAAUGUUUAAAUGUUUGUUUAAUGAACAUCUAUUUACACCACCAUCCACAAAAUUUCUUUAUUAAGUGAUAUGGAAGGUUUAGCAAUCAUGUGAUGUAGACUUUAUUAAGUGUAUGUAAAUAUUGCAUUCUUUAAAGAGAUAUGUUUUGUUCAAGAGAGAAAGAUUUUAGUUUGUGUACAUAGCCAUUUAUUUCACAUUAUAUCUUUGAUGGGAUUAUUUUGUGACCAUGCACUAAAUCUGGAUCCAUUUGAUUGCAUAGGAUAUUGCUUAAAAAAACGCUUCAUAUACCAUGAGUAAAAUGCAUUUUUAUUAUGUAAUGAAACUUUUUACAUUAUAAAUACUGAAGUUGUGUGUAAAUGUCAAUCCUGAAUGCAUCUACACGUCCACAAAUGCUUCCAUGCACGUACGCCUUUGUUCAUUUAAUGUCAAAUCUUCCUCUAGUUUUAACACAAUACAUAUACCAGCAGAAAAUGCUGGCUCCCUUGUAGCUCUAUGAAGCAUAUAUCACCAAAAAAAUGAACUGGUUAUUAAGGACAGAGGAAAAGUUUGACACCUGGAAAUAGUAAAGGAAUGGAGUAAGAUGUUUUGAUAAUCUUGUUUUGCAAUUUUGUUUCAAAUUUCCAAAGGUACAAAUGUACAUCACCAUAAUUUGAUCCACAUUUGGAGGCACGUCAUAAUAUUUUCUGACCAAGUGUGGAGAUUCGCACUGAUCUUGCAUACUCACUACUAACAAAAGAUGAAAUAAAAUUGAAAAUAAUUUCA